AUGUCCCCACCCACGAGCCCCAGUCUUUGGGGAAAAUGCGUCGAAAGGGCUAUUGGGACUUUCGUGAUCGUCUUCAGCACCGGCGUGAUCGGUGAUUACAUGGGAAUCAAGGAUCAACACCCGACGGCGUGGAAUAUUGCAAACAUGCUGAUAUUAUUUGCCUUUUCUCUAUGGCACACUGUUUACAGAGACCCUCCGCGGGCUAGAGAGUCACGCACCGGGCAAGUGGAAUCCAUGGAGAACGAGAAGAGCUCCUCAUUUUAA